GAGUCAUUACUGCUUAUGUUGCUGGUGCUGUAGAUGUUGCUGUGGAAUGGGCUUCCGGUCUUAAGGAAGGAUAUUGUUCUACUAAUGUUUUUAGAAACAAAAGCUUUUGCUGUUAUAAUAGUAGCAAUACUGAAG